AUGCGAGAAGACCAAAAUAGUUUCAAAAAUGAAAUGGAAGAGAAAUUAAAAAAAGCAGAAACAGAAGUGAAACGGCUCCAAGGUCGGGUCGGGUCACUUGUGGAAGAGAAAACCAAUCUGUUGAAGCGGAUAAAAAGCUUAGAAAUUGACAAUAAAACAUUUGAAGACGAAGUAAGUUCGCUAAAUACAGCUAUAAAAGUAAACUAUAAUGAUGAUAUCAACACAAAUCCAACGUUAAUACAGUGUGAAAAUUCAGUUGUUGACUCAACCAAAGAAGCUAAUCCAGACGCUGCUGCUAAUAAUUCUCCCAAUAUCACUGCUGCCGAAAACCCUGACACCGAAACUCCCAACGUUAAAAUUCCGGACAAUGGAAAUGCUACCAAUCAUGACGAAUAUGACUUUGUCAUGUUAUGUGACUCGAACAGGAAAUUCUUAAACAUAAGUAAGCUGUGUUCGAGUAGACAUAGCAAAAUCAUUCCCUGUAAUACAACAAAAAAGGCCAAAGAAAUUGUAGAGUCUCCCAGAUUUGAUGUCAAAAAAGGAAUCAUCAUAAACACUGGAGUCAAUGACCUUGAGAACCUAUCUGCAGGAGAGAUUGUAAAAUCCCAAGUUCAAAUGGCAAAUAUGGCGGCAAAAAGAUUUCCGGGAAGACAAAUUUUUCUAUGUGGUAUCACCCCAAGAGGAGAUGAGUUAGAUAGAAAAAUCCCUGACAUUAAUGAUGACAUUGAUGAGGAGAUCAAAGAUAUCCCCAAUGUUAGCCACGUAUAUAAUGGGAAUCUACGUAAUGGCAAACUGUACUUUGAUGUCAAACAUUUGAAUAGAAGAUUUGGUAUCCCCGCUUUGGCAAAGAACAUCAAGAAUGAGUUGCGUAAGAUUUUCGGGGGUAACAGAAAGGAAAACACCAGCACCCAACAAAAGAGUGUACCUCAAAACCAGGAGGGAAGUCACCACAGUAAUGCAGGUCAAGUUCAAAACUUCGAUAAGGAGUUGGGGAGGAGUCCGCAGGAAGAUACACAGAAUGCAGUAUUUCUACCAACGAUGACUGGCAUUCAGGAUGAACUUAAACAGGUAUCAAACUUAUUGAACCAGUUAAUUCAAAGCAACAUUAGUACGAACCAUCAGCGGAUGCAAUACCAACGGGUAAUGUAUCCACAAGUUACUAUUCCUCCUCAAUUUACCAAUAAUUAUAGAUUUAUUUAG